AUGUGCUGCCUCAUUCCAUUGACCGGAGGACCAAAGGUGUCGUCACCGCCGUCAAAGAUCAACAACUAUGUGUCAUCCUGGGCAUUCUCAGCAAUCGACGCAGUGGAAGGGAUAAACCAGAUCGUGACAGGUGAUCUGAUCACACUAUCAUCACAACAAGUCCUUGAUUGUGAUACUAAUAUCGAGAACAGAGGGUGCAAUGAUGGUUUAAUGACUAAUGCCUUUACCUUCAUCAUCAAGAAUGGCGGUAUAGACACUGAGGAAGACUAUCCAUACACUGACAACCAAGGAGAAUGCAAGGUCCGUAUCAUCAUAUUUCCUAAUUCUACAUACUACUGA